GCAAGUGAAAAUGAAAGUAAUGUUGCGUGAUUAUCACAAUUUGGAGUUUCUGGAUUUGAGCUUGAAUCUUUCUUGUUCUAACUAGUUCUGAAACCAAGACUAGUUGAGUGAAAUUGUCUACUACUACAAGUGUAGAACUUGCGAGAAUCACUUUGACCAAGAAAAACGCUCUUCACACAGAACUUGCGUUUAGAAAGAAUCAUUGAAUGGCACCAAACAAGAGAGGAUCAUCAAGCGAUGAGGGUAAUGAUGAGAGAGACCUUCAGCUCCCUCUUUGUAAACGAAAAGCAGCACUACCAGACACUCGUAUUUCUGCUUCCGGUAGUGGUUCCACCAACAUGGCGUUGAUGUUGGAACCUGUAAUUCGGAAAGUGUUACAGGAGAUGAUGCCACCUAUGCUAGAACAGGUGAUGCCACGUAUGUUAGAACAGGUGAUUCCACCUAUACUGCAGCGUUACCUACCUUCCCCAUGUGAUGGAUUAUCGGUGAGGGGGCAGAUUAGUCCAGCAGCUGGUAGAGGCAGAUCAUUGCAGUUAUGUCUGAUGAAAGGGUUGCCUGCAACCAUUUUCACACAGAUCAACAUCACAGCAGAGGACAGUUCCCCGCUCCAGGUUGCGUUGUGUGAUGCCACGAUUCAGAACAGCAAGGUAACAAAGGGAGAUGGUCCCUCCUUGAAGGUCCAGCUGUGUGUCCUGAAGGCUGAUUUUGAAAGUGAGGAUUGGACUGCUGAGGAAUUCAAUAAAAACAUAGAAAGUCCAAGAGAAGGAAAAGGACCAUUACUCAAGGGAGACACGGUUAUUACCAUGGAAAAUGGAGUUGGCUUCUUCAAGAAUGUUGAGUUUACUGAUAACUCUUGCUGGACAAGAAGCGGCAAGUUCCGGCUUGGAAUUAAGGUACUGUCAUCGAAUUCAGACAUCAAGGAAGCAAGAAGCGAGCGUAUAAGGGUGAAGGAUAAGCGAGGAGUGGCAAAUGAGAAACCGGAUCGUCCUUCAUUGGAUGACAAGGUGAGUUGUCUGCAUAAGAUAGCGAAAAAUGGUCCGAUCCGCAAGCAGUUGUCCUCCAAUGGAAUCAAAACUGUGAAGGAUCUGUUGCGCUUGCUCACAACUGACCAAGCUUCACUAAAACAGAAAACCGGCAACAUUCCGGGGAAGUCAUGGGAGAAGAUUAUUGAGCAUGCCAAGUCUUGUGCCAUAGAUAAUGAUGAGCGCUACAUCUAUCAAUAUUUCACAGGAACAGCAGAGCAACCAAUAGCAGCAUCCCUUGUCUUAAAUUGCAUCUAUGAGCCUGUGGCGAUUUCAUUUGAUGGCCAAAACUUUUGCAGCCUAGAGUCUUUGAAUUCGGAAGGCAAGCGUUGGGUGGAAACUGUAAAGCGGCAAGCAUACAAGAACUUGAAGGAUUUGAAGCCAUUUGGCGCAAGUUCAGCGGGUCAAUCUCUGGAAAACUUCGAUUUCCCAGUUUCUCAUCAGCAAGGGCAAGCACAAAUGGUUCAAGCAUCGGCAUCGACAGCAUCAGGCGCACAGAGUGUUAACGAGCAAGUAGGGUGUUCCAGUCAACAUCAGGUGGGACGGGAAGAGUUCGUUGGCGAUAGCGGAUGGAGCAACAUCAACAUGGUUGAUCCGUUUCCAAAUUACUCGGACCCAGUUUACCCCUUUUACUAUGUUGCAGGUGAUUAUGGGGCAACAUCAUCCAACGAUUCAUUCCCUGUCUUUGAUAUGCAUUGGUCAAGCAAAGGUGGGUGCAACACUGUGUGGGCUAAAAUCCGAACUGCUGUCAUUCGUAAUGUUCUUAAAUGGACCAUUCUCUAUGCCGCCAAAAGGAAGCCCAAGCUUCUUGUUCCCUAUCAGUAAUGCUAGAAAGUAGAAACUCAUCUCAAAUUGAUCAGUUAUUCAUUAUUCAAUUUCUUUAUUUCUUUAUUUGUUGGAUUCUGUAUGUAUGUAUCAAGCUGUAACGUAAAUAAUCAUCCCUCAGUUAAUGUAAUUAAUGUUCUACUUAUUAUUCUAUCUAGUUCCAAGUUCAAUUCAA